AUGGCAGACGGCGGCGACCACACUGGCAGGAACUAUGGGAUUGCUAGUAAGCCUACAUUGGCACUUAAGACCUUUUUAAGAAUUGAGAAGUUUGGUGUUCAAAGGUCAUUUAAUGCUUUGUUGAAUGCGUUAGUACAUCAUAAAGAGUAUGAUUUAGUUUAUGCUUUGUUUAAGAAUUGCCAGAAGAAGUUGGAUAUAGUGCCUAGUGUGUUUACUUGUAAUAUCUUGUUGAAUGCUUUGUGUAAGAAAGGCGAUAUUGAUAGUGCGAUUAAGGUUCUUGAUGAGAUACCUGUGAUGGGAAUAGUUCCCAAUAUGGUUAGCUACACGACGACGAUUCUGGCUUGUUAUGUGACACUUGGUAAUUUGGUGGGUGCGAAGAGAAUGUUUGAUGAAAUUGUGGAUAGAGGGUGGUUGCUUGAUGCGACGACGUAUACUAUCUUGAUGGCUAUGGAUCAAGCAAGUAGCAAUAGUGAGCGAGAAGAGAUGGGGUCACGGGUCAGGUUAUACGGGACUGGUCGGAUCAUUUUAAUUGAAAUUGGGUAA